AGGGCUAUUCCUUAGAUACGUUGGUAGUAGAUUUCAUGUUUUGUUCCAUAUGGCAGGGAUUGUUGUUACAUACGAAAGACUUAUAAAAACCUUUCUUGAAAACAACACCAAAAAUAAAAUUUGCCAACUCUUACUUCAAGAUAUGAGUAAUGAUAUAACGCUUGUGCAACUGCAAGGGUUGGGCCUGAUAGGAAAAAUAAUAACUGGGCCAUGGAUGAGUCUGGUUUAUAAAAAUGCAACAGGAAAGAGUAAUCUUGAGUUUGGUGACAUUUUACAGAAAGCAAUAAGGAAAUUAGCUUACUUCAAAAGUAAUCCAGAAUCAAUUCUUUUUACAGAUGUGGAUAUUUUUAGUCAAGUAUUAAAUAUCAAAAAAGAUAAGGUACACCAAUCCCUUCGUGUAAUAAAAAAUAAAAAUAUUUUGGUAAAGAUUUUAUCAGCUUUAAUAAGCUACACAGAGACAGUUCUCAAAAGACAGAUGGCCAGGUAUUUGACUGGCAAUCUCUCAAAUCCAUCUAAAGAAAUGAUAAAAACCACACUAUCUGCUCCACCUCAUACAAUGGAGGCUGAAAGGAUCUUAGGGAUGCUUGAUUUUUUUUUGCGUCGUGCUCCUAAUGCUACUUUUGGUUUUCUGGAUUCUAAAAUAAAAGCCAGGGUAAACAAAACAUUAACAUGGCUUGAUGAGAAAACAUUGCCAGAACAAGAAGAUCUUAUUCAAUUUGUAAUUCGCAGAGGAGCUUUAACGUGUCAAGCCUCUAAAAAUUUUAAUAAUCUUUUGUAUGAAGAAAUAGGAAAAAGAUGCGCCAAAGCUAAUUUAAAAAAAGAGCGUCUGGAAAGAAAGCGACUAGAGAAGGAUAUUAAAAGAGCAAUAGCUGAAAAUGCCAAAACCACAAAUCCUCUUUUUGUUAAUAUUGAUGAAAAACAAAAACGAAUUUUAGGAGUAAUUUUGAAAAAUGGAAACUUGAUAUAGCAGCUCUUAAGCCAUAAAUGGGAGCUAGAUGAUGGUAAUAUACAUUUAUUUUUUGGUAGAAUUGUUGAUCAGAAGGUAGCAACAAAAAAAAAAUCUUUUACAUACACAAUAGGAUAUUGGAAAGUCAAUGAAGAUGAAGCUGAAGAUAUUGACAUAAGCCAGGAAGGAGUUAUAGCAGAUCUAAUACUUAAAGACUUGGAGUUCAUUUAAAAAUCACUAUAAUAUAUUAGGCAUUAUUAUCUUUUAUUUUGUUUAAGUUGAUUAUUUUGUAUACAUUUUUAUUUAUUCCUUUUAGUUUUUAAAUAUUUUUGUAUUAACCAAGAGCAGGCACAGGGUUAUUUUACAUUUCAGAUACUGUACUUGGCAUUGUGAAAACUCUAAGUAUAAGUAUGUUCAAUCAUGUGUCAAAUAAGAAUGAUUUGCUAAAAAAUUGUGGUAAAUAAAACUUAGGAACAAAUCUAAAAAAGAUAGAACCCCCCUGUCUCAAAUGUUAAUUUAAUGAGUAAAUAAGUUUUUAAGUUUAUUAUUCAAAACUAAAUUUAAAUUCACAUUUUUUAAUGCUCAAAGGUUAUGACCAUGUGAAAUAACUUAAAAAAAUAACUUUAAACAUAUCAAGAAUUAUUGGGUCUGUUGAUAGAUUUAAAUGUAGUAUAAAAUAAUAAGUAAAUGUAUUUUAAUAACUUGGUCCCCUCACAUUUUUAUGUGGGGCACAAACUUUUUGGGGUAUUUUUGUUCCCAGGCUCUAAUCACUUCAAUUUUUUAUACAAUUUUUUUUCACAUUCUCAUUAGAUUUAAGCAUGAACAAACUUAAAUUUAGAUUAGUUAUGGUAAUUUUUUUUAAUAAAAUGACUAGAAUCGAAUUUGACCCCCUUUUAAAUUGGGCUUAAA